CUCCUUUGCAGCCUCAGGUGUUAGCUCUGGCCCCCUCGCAAUGCCCCAUCGAAACGCCAGGGGAUCCUUUUCUGACUCCCUAUAGGUCCCAACUACACAAUGAAUAGGGAUAGUUGCCCACGCUCAGUGCGCCCCUUACCUGCUGGCGACCAGAUCCAAAACUUAAAUUCCUAGUCCGAGCCUCACUUCCGGUCGCUCCAGAGCGUUGGUCUCCAGCCCAGAUCCCGCCCAAUCCGUCCCUGGAGUACUUCGUAAGUGUGGGUCCCCAUGUUCCUUUUUAGGAUUGAUGUUUCCGGCGAUCCCCGGAUCCUCUCCAGUGCCGGAACAAUAGUGCUGGAGCUCUCGUUUCCCAGCCGGCGGAGUAAGGAGAAAGCCACAAGGAGAGCCCUGCCAAGAUGUCUAUCGGUGUGCCAAUUAAAGUCUUGCACGAGGCUGAGGGCCACAUCGUAACAUGUGAGACCAACACUGGUGAGGUGUAUCGAGGGAAGCUCAUUGAAGCAGAGGACAACAUGAACUGUCAGAUGUCCAACAUCACAGUCACCUACAGAGAUGGCCGAGUGGCGCAGCUGGAACAGGUAUACAUACGUGGCAGCAAGAUCCGAUUUCUGAUAUUGCCUGACAUGCUGAAAAAUGCACCCAUGUUAAAGAGCAUGAAAAACAAGAACCAAGGCUCGGGGGCUGGCCGAGGGAAAGCUGCUAUCCUGAAGGCCCAAGUGGCUGCAAGAGGAAGAGGACGUGGCAUGGGGCGUGGAAACAUCUUCCAAAAGCGAAGAUAACUUUCUCUGUGACGAGAAUUUUGUCCCUUAGGUUAUUAGAGAUUUGGGGGGUGGGGGGCUACAUGUGCAUAUGUCAUAGGUUUUCUUUUGGUAUUUCUCUUUGUAUCAGAAACUAUUAAGUUUAAUAAAACUGGUUGUUUUGUGGUUUGUUUA